ACCACUUCCGCUUCCGGGUGCGCACAGGCUGUGGCCAUAUUUCCCGACUGCCGCUCUGUGUCGGUCUGUACUGUAGCUCCGGGGAAUGGUCCUGCUGUUAACGCUUUUUAAUAUAGCUGUCAUCGUGUAAGGGGGGAGACAAAUUACUAUUUCGUUAAAGCCUUCUCGGAAACAACCAGCUGAGACAUGACGACGCGAUCAGAAAGAGAAAAGGCUCAGAAACUCAAUGAACAGCACCAGGCCAUCCUGUCUAAAAUGCUGAGGGAAGAAGAUAACAAAUACUGUGCCGAUUGCGAGGCGAAAGGUCCACGAUGGGCUUCCUGGAACCUGGGUGUGUUUAUCUGUAUCCGAUGUGCUGGGAUUCACCGUAACCUUGGAGUCCACAUAUCCCGAGUGAAGUCGGUGAACCUGGACCAGUGGACACCAGAACAAAUCCAGAGUGUGCAGGAAAUGGGCAACACUAAGGCCAGAAAACUGUAUGAAGCCAAUCUUCCAGAAAACUUCAGAAGACCUCAGACGGACCAAGCUGUGGAAUUUUUCAUCAGGGAUAAAUAUGAAAAGAAAAAGUACUACGAUAAAAGUGGACUGAAUGAAACUGUUAAGCCCUCUGAUGCUGUUCUGCCCCCGGCAUCCUCUCCUUCCUUGCCAGCAGCUGCUGAGAAAAACAAGCUGGAGAAAGAAAAAGAAAAGAAGAAAGAAGAAAAGAAGAGAGAGAAGGAACCUGAGAAAGGGAGUAAGCCCACAUCUUUUGAAAAAGUAAAAACUCCUCAGAAGAGAGAUGAGCAUCAGCUAGAUUCUAAAGUCAGCCCCAUGAAAAGUGCAGAGCCUGCUGUUGAUCUCUUAGGACUUGAUCCCCCUACAGCAGGUCCCCUUGUUGCAAAUGGAAGCGGUGCCAGCGGCAGUGCAGCGCCAUUGAGCGACGACCUCGAUAUCUUUGGCCCCAUGGUUUCCAAUCCCCUUCCAUCCUCAUCAUCACAGGUCCCUCAGGUAACCUCCAGUAAACCACCAGCAGCAAACACAGCCACUGUGACUGGGGAUCUGGACCUUUUUACUGAACCUGCCACCAAAUCAGAGGAUUCUGGGAAGAAGCCCCUCUCCAAGGAUUCCAUUCUAUCUCUCUACAGCACUGGGAGCAUGGCACAGCAAACAGCUCCUGCUGGAAUGUUCAUGGGACCAUCACAGUUGCAGUUUUCCUCCCAGCCCUCUGCAAAUUUCCAGGGCUUUCCAAACAUGGCAGGAACCAUGCCCCCCCCUGCGGGUAUGAUGGGACCUGUGAUAGGACAGACCAUGUCUAUGAUGGGACAGAAUCCUGGCAUGAUGGUUGGCAUGACCAUGCCUAACGGGUUUAUGGGAAAUGCGCAAACAGGAGUGAUGGGACUGCCGCCGAAUGUGAUGGGACCACAAGGUGGAAUGGCUGGAAAUGUGGUCAACCCUCAGAACAUGUACACCAUGCAGCCCAACCAGCAGGGACAGUGGAAUAUCGGGCAGAUGAAUCAACAGAUGGCAGGAAUGAACCUGAAUGGCCCCAGUGGAGCGAUGGGCUUUGGCCAGCCUGCGAACACCAUGGGGAGCUGGACGGGGAGCUCCACAGGCCAGACCCUCAGCACACAGCUGUGGAAGUGAGCGAGGGAGCUAGCACCCAGAGCAGCUCGACAGCCCUGCUCUAGCGACACAGACGCUUUGUUUUACCCAUGUACUGACACGUAUUUUCUUGUUUCAAACCAUUAGUACUCUGGAGAAUAUCCACUCAGUCCCGUCGUGUGUACUGAUUGAGUGACUGGAGUGUUAAGCGUACAGACUGGCAGCUUGUCCGUCUUAUUUGCAAAAUAUGUUUUCUUAAAGCAUAUCAGCAAGAAGCUGCUGGACCAAUUAUAUCUAAUGUAUCAUUACCAAAUCAAUAGUGAGUAAUAGUAUUUAAAUGGCAAAAAGAUAUGGCUAUCAUGUUUGUGAAUCCCACCUCUCCUCUUGCCUUCCCUCAUAUCUGUAUACCUUCCAUGACCGAAUAACCCUGUAGAAGAUAUUGUAUAAGCAAAUGUACUGUAUGUUACCAUUAAUAGGAAUAUCUGCUGAUCAGUAAAGGUUAUUUUGUUCCACAGACCAUCUCCUCAGUUGAAAUCAUUUUUCAGUUUUACUGUGAUGUUUAUUGUGUGCAUUACAGAGAAGCACAGUAAGGAAACAGAUGUAUAAACCUGGAUGACCCAAGACUGCAGUUCUGUAAAAUACAACUGGAAAGGCUAUGACUUUCAGAUGUCAGCAUUUACAGUAAAUGUCAAAUAUGGCAAAAAAAUCCACAAACCAUACAAGCAAACAUUUUAUAUAUAUAUACUUUUGCAGAGUUUGUUUGAAUAUAGACAGGGUCACUCUGCUUCGCAAUAAUUUGAGAAAACAAAUCUGUUCUCCAGGUUUAUUUCUAUAUUGUGUUUACAUUUUAUGGUGCCUAGUACAGUUAAGAUGUUAUUUCUGUAUAUUAAAACCGUAAAUAUCCAUGAGAAUUAUGUGAUCAUUUUGUCUAUUGCCUGGUUUAUUGUAAUGGGUUUCCCUGUUUGCUUUCUUGUUUUUAAAAGAGGGUUCUUCAGAAUAAAGAUAAUUCUGCUCCACA